GCAGCAUCGGACGGACAUGUUGGCGCUCCGCGCGCACGCAGUGCAGCCGAAGCCCGCGAGAGCUGAGGGUGGUCGCCGGACCUCUGGCCGCUGCGCGUUUGGAAACGAUGCUCACGGCGCACAGUCGCGUCACUAGUAGUUAACGAUGAUCCGCAAUCGGUCGACGGUGCGAGGAAAGCGGCCCAGGCUAAAGGGAGCGGCAGUCCUCGCUGACCCCGUGACGGUGUGAAAAACAAUGCAAGUAAAGCUGCCACAGGGAGGCGUCGCACUCUACGUCUGCCUCUCGUUGUUCGCUUGCGGACUGGCGCAUGCGGAUGCUGGCUCAGGUGACGGCCCCGUCCGCCAAGAUGGCGCGAUCGACUGUCCAGAAAUGUGCAAGUGUCGCUCAGCCGAUUCUUCAGGAGCGCAACGUGUCCUCUGCGUGGGUCAGCUGCGCAGAGCUGUGCCGAAAGACCUCCCACCUCAAGUUGCCUCACUCGAUCUUUCACGGAAUAAGAUCAGAAGGAUCAACUCAAGCGAGCUGAGUUCUGCAAACUAUACACAUGCAAGUUACCUGAGACACCUCAAUCUGCACCAGAAUCUUAUACAAGAAAUAAAUGUUAAUAGCUUUCAAACGCUAGUCUCUCUCCAAGAGCUGGAUGUGAGUGACAAUGUAAUUUAUGCCAUCCAUGUAAAUAGUUUUGAUUCUCUUGAAGCUCUUACUGUGUUAAACCUUUCUAGAAACCAUUUGGACCAACUGAAACAUGAAUGGUUCCAAGGCCUUUCCAACCUGACUGUGCUUGACCUGUCGCACAAUAAGAUCCAAGCAUUAAACAACGUAGUGUUCUGGUCGCUCCACCAUCUGGUGCACCUGUGUGUGGAUUACAACAGAAUCAGUUCUGUGGGGCUCUUAAGCCUGAAGGGUCUCGACUCUCUCAGGUAUCUUAAUGUUAGCCACAAUAGCAUCACGACCAUACAAACUGGCACACUACGACCAACGCCAAAGCUUGAAGUAUUGGACAUGAGCUAUAACCCAAUGACAAGCCUUCAUGAACCAUUUAAGCAUGGCCAUAACAUUCGCAAACUACAUGCAUCUCACCUACACAAUCUCUCUCACUUGUCAAAGGCAGUCUUUACAGACUUGGACAGUGUGGAAGAAGUCCUGAUGAACAACUGCCCUGCCCUAGAGACAGUAGAGAGUGAUGCUCUCUGGCCACUGAAAGCUGUUCGCAAGCUGGACUUGCGUUUUAACAAUUUCACGACUCUCCCAUCUGGGUUGUUUGACCCUCUGGUACAAGUGGAACGGGUUCGUCUCAAUGGCAAUCCGUGGUUCUGCGACUGCCGCCUUUACUGGCUGCUACUGUGGUUACGUGACAACGUGCGAGCCCACCUUUUGUCACCUUCAAACACCCUCUGUGCCAAGCCAUCCAACCUUACUGACAUCACAGUGUUGGAUGCUGUGGAUAAGCACAUGGUCUGCCGCAAGGCUACCGUGAUAGAGCACACAACUGAAGCACAUUUUAGGUUGUUUACAUCAGCAGUGCUCUCAUGCCGUGUUGAUGGAAGCCCUGCUCCUUCAAUAACCUGGACCACACCACACAAGCACCGCUUCAACUGGACAGCAGAAUAUGGCACAUCUGUUGGAAAUUCUUCUCUGAAUGGACGCGUGGACAAGGGUGACUGCCCGAAGUUUGUGCUUCUUCAGAAUGGUGACUUGUUUCUGCGCGAGGUCCAACGUGGUGACAGUGGUCAUUACCGGUGCACAGCCACCAAUGUGCUAGGCCACCAUACGGUAGCAAUACGGCUCACCCUAGACUACGACUUUCUGGUGAAUGUCAAAAUAGUGAGUGUGCUUGUGGGGUGCGCUACAGCAUUUGCUUUUGUGCUGAUCACGAUGGUGGUCAUGUUAGUAAGUGCCAUACUACGAAGAUUUGGGGUGGAGUGUCCGUGCUGCAUGAUGGGGGAGUCGCCGCGUGCACGACAGCUCUAUCGCAUGCUUGAGAGUCUCGAGCAAUACCGAUGCCAGCAGCUGGAGCGGCUUCGAGACAACUAUGCCACUCAAGUGCUUAGGAUCAAGGAGAACUGUACCCAGCAGAUGGAGAAGAUCAGGGAAAGUUACACCGGCCAGACAGAUCGACUGAGGGACUUCUGUGACUACGGCACUACACAAAUCACCAACAUAAGGGAUAACUACUAUUCACAGGUACAGAGGGUGCGAGACUAUGGCAUUGGGCAAAUCGACAGGCUUCGCGAGAACUACGUGUUUCAACGCAACAGAAUUCGAAAGUUCAGUGCCCAUCACCUGUACAAGUUACGUGAAAAUUACAAGCUGCAGCAACAACACCUUAACAAGAUACUGGAGAACCUCAACCUCGAGAGCUGCCGGAGUGUCUGUGCCCGCACUGACUCCAUCAUCUUUGAUCCUGCCGAGAUUGGCCUGGAGCCUCCACCACUGGACAUGCUGCCGCCACCGGCCAUCUUUCCUCUGUUCAUGGAUGAAGACACUGAGAGCCAGAUUUCCGCUUACUACACUCCAGACACACUGUCUCAGGUGUCGCCGGACGAAGUGGUUCUGCAACCAAAUUUUCCCGACCUAGACUGUUUCCCGGAUUUCGCUGCAGAGCUUCCAGCCAUCCACAUGCCGGACAUGACGUGUGGAAUGGCACCAGAUCAGGCAGGUCCCAGCCAUUUGCCAACAAAUGUGACUGUGCAUCUCGACUGUGAUGUGGCUGCAUCUGAAGUGCCGCUGUUACAGAAUGCAUCCCAUGAGACUGCAGUGUGAUGCAGUGAAUGUGAAUAGAACAGUACUUAAGUCGAACUUUGUAGCAACAUUCGCAGAGACAUGUGCAGCUUGGAUGCUUCAGGAAUGAAGUUGCUGUAAACCACAGAGACCCAGCUUAAUGUUAUGCAGUGAAGGAACCCAAGCUCUUACAUGCUAGUCUGGCAACGUGGGAACACUUGUUCAGUUUCAAAUGUGCUGGCAGUCUGUGCAGCAUGGUGAACUAGGCUUAAGGGGCGUCAGAUAUGCAGAUACAUCUUUGUUGCUAGAAGUGGGACAUUCACAGUUGAAACCCUUGCCUAGAAGGCUGCACCAUGCUUACAGUUGCUUAGGUUGUGAGGUGCAUUGCAUAUUUUCGUACUGGUGUCUUAGAAAAGCAGUAGCAACAGAAGUGCUUUUACCAGCACGAUUUAUGAACAUAUCAUGCUGAAAAACACGUAAGCAAAGAUGGAGUAGUCCAUGUAUCUUCCGGAAGGCACCCUGCCCCUCAAUAAAUGGCUGCCACAUUUCAGGUUUUAGAGAAGCCAAGUUUCUGUGAUAGACUGGAUGUCCCCCACUAGUGGGCAUCCUCAAUAUUCCAGGCUAUAGUUUCAGCUUUCAGACACUCCCCUUGUUCCACUUGUGCCCCUUGUAUCAUGAAAAUUAUAGACCAGUGCUCUUAGCAAGCAGGAUUUCUGUACCCUGAAAGGUCGACUUGAGAAGAAUUCUAUGGUGCAAGAAACUUUUUCUGUGAAUUUUUAUAGUAAUUAUUGCUCCCAUGUGCGUUUAUGUUUAUAUUGCUCCCAUGUGUGUUUACGUUAUUGUAUUAUUUGCGACUUUGAAUGGUUGAGAUAAUUCUUUCUCUCAAAUAUUUCUUUAAAAAAAAAAAUAAAACUAUGUACCUGCUUUUUUGA